AUGGAAAAUUUUCCUGCUCACAUGCACCUCCGAUCCCCGCCUAGCAGACAGACACUCUCGUCUCUCACCAGCAACUAAGACACAAUGAUGCAAUUAAGGACUUUAAUUUUCACAUCUGUUAUGCUCCCAUGGAUACUGUCUUCUGCAGCAAAAGGCGAAUACAUGGAAGCGAGAAAACCAAGGAACGUCACUUCUUCAAUCUUUCAAGACUAUACCGUUCAAGACAUCGACCCUGACCAAGCAGCUCCAGAAGCCCACGAGAUGCCGACAUGCCUGCUGUGUGUUUGCCUGAUUGGAUCUGUUUACUGUGAGGAGGUGUCCCCAGAAAUGUCCGCCAUCCCAGCACUGCCAAAGGAAACAGGAUAUCUCUAUGCACGUUUCAACAAAAUCACAAAAAUAAGAAACAAAGACUUUGCAGACAUGGCCACAUUAAGAAGAAUCGACCUAACUGGGAAUCUCAUCACUGAAAUAGACGAUGGAGCUUUUUCAAAACUUCCAAAUCUUGAGGAGCUCACUCUUGCAGAUAACAGACUGACUAAACUUCCCAUGCUGCCCGUCAACCUGGUGUCAUUCAAUGCCAAUUUCAACCAGCUUAAAACCCAGGGUGUAAAGGCAACUGCUUUUAAAAAACUCACAAGACUGGCUUAUCUUUACCUUGGAAACAAUAAACUGACAGCAGUGCCCCAACUUCCAGAGUCUCUUCAAGCUGUGCACCUGCAUAACAACAAGAUCUCGACAAUAACAGAUGAGACGUUCUGCAAAGGUAACACCAGUCACUACAUCCGGACCAACAUGGACGAGGUGAGACUUGAAGGGAACCCCGUCACGCUGUCGAACCACCCCAACAGCUUCAUCUGUCUGCAGUCUCUCCCUAUCGGAUGGGACGGCUGAAAUAACCAAUGCAUGCUUUCGAGGGAGGUAAAUGAAGGAUGCAGAUACAGAAAUAGUAAAAAUACCAUUUGCAAAAUGUAGUUCUUUUAUAUACUCAAAUCUACCGUACAGUGUAAGACCUCUUAUAAUCACAAAGAAUUACAGAACCAGAUUUAAACAAAGGUAAGACAUCUCUGUAUUUUUUUCUUUUGUUCAAAUUUGGUUGAGACUGUUUUGUCUUGGCAGGUGCUAUGCAAUGUUUUUAUAAUUCAAAUCAAUAUGAGAUUAUUUCAUUGUUUCAUUUGAGCUGACACCAGUGGUUUUAUAACGGCUAAUGUUUCUUCAACUGAAGAUCAUAUUAACAAUAAACUUGCAUGUUUCUCCA